GGAGAAGCAGCUGUGACAUGAUGAAAAUAAAUUGUUAGGCAAAACGUCAUGAUCGGAGUUCGAACUCCGACUCCUUUACAUGUGCGUGUGAGUUUAUGAUGGUUUUGUCAUUUCGUCUAUGUAUCAAAAAAUAUACCGGCUUAUUUUUAUUUUAUUUUUGCUUUUUUUAUUUAUUUAUUAAAAUUCAUAAUUUCGGCCUUUGGAUUUAUUUUUGCCGCAUGUCACUCAUCUCAUGACUGGAGUUAGACAGUGAAUUCCGUAGAAAGAGAAGCUUAAUUCUUGUGGCUAGAAUGCAGGUUCACCACUCAGCACUUCACACUUAUUGCGGUGAAGAACUAAACUUCACCCAAACUUAGAUAAGUGUCUCAAUACCUAUUUAUGGCAUAUUGUUUUAAGUACAAAUAUUAAAAAAAAUUAUCUAAUAAACAAUUUUCCAUUUACAUUAUUAUUUUAAUUUGUUUUCAUCCUCACUCAAUCUUCAGUUUCUUCUUUGAAUGUUGCAGCCAUGGUUAACACUGAUUUAAUAAGAACUAUAGUUGGCAUAAUCGGUUGGUUCACAAAAAUCUCUCUCAAUAUUUUUAAUUAGUCAUUUUAAUCUAACAAAAUUAUCAACAUGGUGUAACAUAAAUGUUAGAUAUUUGGAUUUUUGAAGCAUAAGAUCAUGAUUCAAUCUCGAUUUGUGUGUAUGAAAACACACUUGUUGAGAAAAAUCGACCUCUUAAAAUAAACUUUAAUUUUUCGUUAGAAUUAGAAUCGACCAGGUAAAAUUUUUUCCAUAAGUAUAUACAGGUAAUUUUUAUUUUUUCUAAUGCAUGCAGUGUUUUUUAUUUGCAGGAAAUGUCAUCUCAUUUUGUUUGUUCAUGUCUCCGGUACCUACAUUUAUAAAAAUAUGGAAAGCAAAAUCAGUGCAAGAUUUCAAAUCAGAUCCAUAUGUGGUAACAAUACUCAAUUGUGCAAUGUGGUCAUUCUAUGGAAUGCCCUUUGUGAGUAAAUAUAACAUACUUGUCCUCACAAUUAAUGGCUUUGGUUUCUUCCUUGAGAUUUUCUACACUUUCAUCUUCUUCAUAUACUCGAAUGGGAGUAAGCGUAAGAAGAUUUUGUUGGCCCUUCUAGCUGAAGUUGUCUUCUUUGUGUUAGUGGUAUUUAUUGUCAUGUAUUUCAUUAACUCAAUGAAAGACAGAGGGUUCGUUGUUGGAUCUAUAUGUAUAGUCUUCAACAUUCUUAUGUACUUUUCACCCUUGACUGUCAUGCGUCAAGUAAUUAGAACGAAGAGCGUGAAGUACAUGCCAUUCUUGCUCUCACUCGCCAACUUCCUCAACGGAGUUGUCUGGACGACUUAUGCACUCCUUAAAUGGGAUCCGUUCGUAGUGAUUCCAAAUAGUUUGGGAGCACUUUCUGGAUUGGUUCAGCUCAUCCUAUAUGCUGUUUACUACAGAACAACAAAUUGGAACGAUGAUGCCCCACCUAGUAUUAACAUGGUAUGAUUUCAGCUUGGAAUCACAAGAGGAAAUUCAAAAGAAAAAGUUGUUCAUUUCAAUACAUACAUACCCAAGUCUCUUGGGAUUUUUUACUUUUCUCAUUUUACUUUUUGAAAGGAAUAACUUGUUUUCAUAUAGCAGUGAUCUCUUGUAGAAUAGAAUUUACUUGAGAUCAUUACAGCUAUUGUUGUGGACCUAAUGUAUAUGAUCUUUACUUCAUUGAAAAAAACAAAAGGUUCAUGUCAUUGCAUGAGAUGUUGUAUAUGUUUGGUUAUGCGUUGGAAACCAAUAAACGUGCGUUUCAAAGACAAAACGUGAGUUUUUUCUUUUAGAAUGGUGUUUGGGUGGUUGAUGUAAAAUCAAUUCCAAGGACUCAGACGCGAUUCAAAGUGAAGCUGGUUUUCCUAGCUUCUGCGUUGAUGGAAAAUUGAUUCUUGUUGGUGACUCAUUUAAUAUUUG